AGCAUAAACGCAGCUUCUCUCGCCUCAUUUUCUUCGUUGAUUCUGUAUUACUUUUUAGUUGUUAUGAAAUAGCUUAAAUCCACAGAGUUUUCAGAGGAUGGCCGGUGGUGGAAACCACAAGUCCUCGUUCGAUAAGCCUUCCUCUUCCUCUGCCUCUCACCGCAAAUCCAGGUGGGAGUCUUCCGCUACAGCAAACAAUAAUAAUCCGUCGUCAAACUCGAAAUCCAAUGACCUGAAACCCUCCAAACCCACUUCGAAUACAAAUCCUUCGCCCAAGCUCAAUACCGGUCCAUCUCCCAAGCCUACUGCCGCUACGCCUCCGACAGGCUCAGUCGCUGCUCUACAGGGACCCUCAUUCCAUUUGCCGGACCUCGGUCCACCUCCUCCUCCUGCUUAUGGGUUUCAUAUGCUCGAGCGUCGCACUAUUGUCCUAGCAGACGGCAGCGUCCGUUCUUACUUUGCUCUCCCUCCCGAUUACCAAGACUUUCCUCCUCGUCCAAUGCUGCCGCCACGGUUCCUCCCCAUGGGGCCCACUCCCGACCUCCCUAAUAGUAUAGGUGGUCCCCGCUUUCCUCCGAUGAGCCCUGAAGGAUUAGGAUUCCGGGAUAACAGUAACGGACGGAACGCUUCUAUGAAGAGGAAGUAUGUUGGCGGCGAGGAAGAAUUCAGGCAUGGUAAUAAUACUAAUGGGCUUUAUCCGGCGGGAAAGGAUCAUCGCAGUGUGUUUUUGGCUGGGCCAAGCAGUCCGUUCGGGAGAAAUUCGGGUGAUGAACCGAGAGCUGGGAAAUAUAUGAGAAUUGCUGGUGACAAUGUUGGUGCAGUUAAUAAGUAUCUCGAAGUGGACCAGACUAAGCUAAAGAAGGCGUUUUUGCAUUAUGCUAAGGUGAUUAAUGAGACUGAGGCGGAGAGGAAGCGUUACUUGGAGGACGGGAAGCAGGGCCGCCUUCAUUGUGUGGCUUGUGGCAGGUCUUCCAAAGAUUUCUCAGACAUGCAUGCUCUUGUAAUGCACACGUACAACUCAGAUAAUGCUGACUUGCGUGUGGAUCACUUGGGCUUACAUAAAGCUCUCUGUGUCCUAAUGGGAUGGAAUUACUCAAAGCCCCCUGAUAAUGCAAAAGCCUAUCAGUUCUUACCUGCUGAUGAAGCAGCAGCAAACCAGGAGGAUUUGAUUAUGUGGCCCCCCACGGUGAUAAUUCAUAACACAGUUACAGGAAAGGGUAAGGAUGGGCGCAUGGAAGGUUUGGGAAACAAAGCAAUGGAUAUCAAAAUAAGAGAUCUUGGAUGUUUUGGUGGCAAGUCAAAGUCUUUAUAUGGAAGAGAUGGUCAUCUGGGCAUAACUCUCAUAAAGUUUAGUGGUGAUCAAGUGGGCCUGAAGGAGGCUCUGCGGCUGGCAGAGCACUUUGAGAAAGAAAAUCAUGGGCAUAAGGCUUGGGAACGCAUACAGCCUAUGUCACUGGGUAAGGAUGACGAGAAAAAUCCAAACCUAGUGCAGGUAGAACGGAGUGGGGAGAAAAAGAGAAUUUUAUAUGGUUAUCUUGGAACAGCUGCGGAUCUAUACAAGAUUGAUUUUGAAACAAAGAAAAAGGUCAUCAUUGAGAGCCAGAGUGAACUAAAAUCAUCCAAGUAAAUUCUAGAUGAUAUACAAGGUACAAAAAGCUGAUUUUAUUUUUAGCAAGGAGAUUGAAUCCUGCCAUCCUACAUUACGUGAUAGUGCACCCAACCAAUAUUUAAGUAGCUCAAUGACAAGUACAAAUGUACCUAGUUUUUUAAUUAUUUAGUUUGUGAGUCUUUGAUCCCCUAGUUUUUUGCCAUUAUCUGCUGUAGCAUACGAGUAACGGCUUCAUGUAGGCUUAAUGCUAGCUUUACAUUUUACUCAAAAUAAGCAGACUCUGGGAGUAUUGGUGCUAAUUUGUUAAUCAAUGGACUGCUCAUGUUCUAAUAGAAUUUAAAAAACUUUAGGUUGCAA